CGUCAUUGUGUCAACAUGGCGCCUGUCUGCCGGACAAAAGGCAAAUCUGUCUGACGGUGGAUUGAAACCCAAUGAGAAACAGAGGAGACAUUUUGGGAAAACUGUCAGUGUCCGUGUGUGCUGGCGCCCCGAGACAACACAUAUAUGGUGGAAUAAACGUCGGCGGAGGCUCUGCGACUGGAAUAUUAAGGAUGUUCCAGCAGUGUGAGGAGCCUCGGUUCACCAUCGAGCAAAUUGACCUCCUCCAGAGGCUGAGGAGGACGGGGAUCACCCAGGCGGAGGUCCUGCACGCCCUGGACACCCUGGACCACCUUGACCGUCACAAGUCGACAGACAAACCUUCCUAUAUGCCACCCUCAUCUUCCAGCACUGUUGCCGCCUCUUCCUCCACGACUUCAGCUGCCACUCAGACGAACUUUCCAGACAACCAACUCUCAGCAUCGCCUAGCCAUACCUUCGAUGCCACCGCUCUGCCUCUUCCGGUUCCGGUAGCCUCGCCGGUCAUCAUGACCGCGGGAGCUCAGAAUGGUCUGGUUGGUGUCAGCAAUGGGAAGCUGUCACCACCCCGCUUUCCUCUUGGUGUGGUUAGCGGCGGCAUGUCGGCACCAGGCUACGGGUUUGAGGCCAGUGAAGAGGACAUAGAUGUUGAUGAAAAGGUGGAGUACCUGAUGAGAAGGGACAGCGUUUUGAUCAAAGAGGAGAUUAAGUCCUUCCUGGCAAACAGGCGAAUUUCCCAGGCUGUGGUUGCUCAGGUAACAGGUAUCAGUCAGAGUCGGAUCUCCCACUGGCUCUUACAACAGGGAUCGGACCUCAGCGAGCAGAAAAAGCGGGCCUUCUUUCGCUGGUACCAGCUGGAGAAGUCCAACCCAGGUGCCACUCUGGCCAUGCGAGCUGCCCCACUGGCUCUGGAGGAGGUGAUGGACUGGCCACAAGCUCCGCCCACCUUUGGUGCUGCCCCUGCGGGCUUCCGUCUGCGGCGGGGGAGCAGGUUCACAUGGAGGAAGGAGUGUCUGGCUGUUAUGGAGAGUUACUUCGGUGAUAAUCAGUACCCCGAUGAAGCGAAGAGAGAGGAGAUCGCUAAUGCCUGCAAUGCUGUCAUUCAGAAACCAGGAAAGAAGCUGUCUGAUUUGGAGAGAGUCACAUCCCUAAAGGUCUACAACUGGUUUGCCAACCGACGUAAAGACAUCAAGAGGCGUGCUAACAUUGAAGCAGCCAUCUUGGAGAGUCACGGCAUCGAGGUCCAGAGUCCAGGAGGUCAGUCCAACAGUGACGAGGUGGACGGCAAUGACUUCCCUGACCAGGGUUGUGAGAUGACUUCAUUUGACAAGAGAGCUUCAGUCAGGCAGUUUGGUUUCAGUCGAGCUGACCUCUCCUCUCCGACCCAGGUUCCCACGCUGCUUCCCAGCUGGUUGUCCGUCCUGGGUAGAGGACACUUGUCUGGACAGAGGGGCACUUCUUUGAUCGGCCGCUCCCCAGUGAUAGGGACAGGUCCUCAGGCAGAAGGCUCCAGAUUGACCGGCGUGUCCUGGUCUCCACCGUCCCCCUCCCUCCAGGACGAACCCACCAUUCACAGCGUGCUGUCCGAGCCCCAGGAUCCAAUCGGGUUGGAGAAGACGGCGGCCAAUCACGAGGACGGGGCCGGGUGCAGUAUGGGGAACGAGAUCAAGAUGGAAACACUAGAGGACGACUGAAGAGGGUGCUGGAUAUCUGGAGUUGUCUGAGUCAUGAAGACGACAGGUGUGUUAAUAUGCAAGAAGAUUUUAUAGGAAUGUAAUAAGUGGGAAAAACAUGACCAAAAGUCUUGUAAAUGCCAACGCUGAGAUACCUCCCAACCCUACCUCCAACCAUCAACCUGCUCUGCUAUGCUCUUAGAGGCAUUAUUGUGUAUUAUAACAGUCAUAAUAAUAUUAAACUUUAAAAUCUGUCCUCCCCAGCAGACUAUGGAGUGUUUUGAAAUGACCAAAUAAUAACACAAUUCCUUAUUUGGGCAUUUUAAAUCUUCCAUAGCAGACUGAGUCAUGGGACACGAGACAUUGUGCAGAUUUAAUUGAAAAACAACCUGCGUUUUCAAAGCAGGACAACACUGUAUUUGACACGGGAUUCAGAAAACGUCAGGGUCGUGCACUGUGAUCACAACACAACUGAACAGCCUCAAAAACUAAAUGCAUGAAUUAGAGUUGGUUUGAACAGAUUGUUUUAAAAAAUGAUGAACCACCAUGUCAUCACCGUGGAUUUUAUUUUUACAUUUUCACUGUUGAUUCCUUCCAGUGAGAAGAACAGCAGAAUAAGCUUACUCUUUUUUUUUUUUUCCAAUUCAAGGUCACGCCACAUCACUAAUAAUACAGUUUGCCUAAAUAAUAAACUUUUCCUCUUCCCCUUUAACCUGAUCAAAUAAGCUCGACAUAUGGAAGCAAAGAAUUAUUACAAUUAUGUCAAGAUGAAAUGUAAACCGACAAGUAACCAACAAAAACUUUCGCAAUUUCAAAAUCCUUUUUUAUCAAUUUUUGUCAAAUUUAGCCGGAAAUCUUCGGGUCAAAUAUCUUUUUCCUUGACUACAAAACAUGUUACAACACCAGAGUAGGGCUGAACAAUUUUCAAUAAAUAUCUAAUUGCGAUUAUUUUGACAGGA